GAAGCAUUAAAAGCAUAGAAAUUGAUUGUGAAGCUUUGAGCAAUCGUGAGGGGUUAGCUAGUGAGGAAAUUAUCAACGGAGACUUUAACGACAUGGAGGCGUUGUUUAAAGCGCAAUCCACUAUUUGCGCACACAGAUUUCGUCUUCAAGAUGAUAAAUAA